AUGACUAUCAUUGCAUAUACUUCGCCCAAAAAGUGGUGCCUUAAGCCCUCGGUGAACGAUAAAAUAGCUUUUCACCUAAGCUUUUACUUGAGCGGACUGAAGCAUUCCUGCAAAGCACAAGGAAUUGUAGAUAAAGGUUUGGACGCCGGCGUUUAUAACAACGCAUCAGCCCAUGAAGUGUGCUUUAUAAAAGGCAGUUAUACAUUUGCGAGUGCUGCCAAGAUUUUCGUGGAUACCGUUGUUGGUGACAUCAUUCGGGCCAGAUUCACGUCAAGAUAUGCACGCACAGUUCAUCAUGGCUGCGUGUUCGAGGGGCGCUUAUACGAAAACAUGGAUAGAUUUCUUUGUUUGUUCUUGGAUAAACGAAAACGCCGUAGGCGAAGGCCUCUUCACGUUUCAUAA